UGUGGCUUUUUGCAUUUCAAUAGCAUGAUGUUUUCAUCUUCCUCUACAUGGAAAAUGAGAGUCUAGCUAUGGGGAAAGGAAAUGAAAGCAAAAACACUCAUUGAAAUUUAAAACAACAAAUGCCCUGAAAGUUAAGGGCUAUGUUUGAGCCUCAAAUGAAGAAACUUGUACUGAGAGGUACUAAAAGACCUUUUGGAGACUCCACCAAACAGAGUAGUACCACAUGGUUUUAAUGGUUGGAUAUCUGAGAUUUUCAAGUGUAAAUGCCACAGAAAUGUCUACGUUUGGGAGUCCUUCUCCAGCACCCACCAGCGACGGAGGGGCAAUAGCUGCUGCCAUUAUAGUGAUUGUUGCAGUACUCAUAAUAAUCGGCCUUAUCUCAUGCACUUGCGCGAGGAUAUUGACAAGGACAACUGUGGCAGAACUGCAACGUAAUGUUGCUACCAUACCACAGACCUCGAAUGUGGUUCAAGAUUGGGAAAUCGAUGCACCCACGACGGAGAGGUUCCUCCAAGACCUGGCAAAGGAAAAACCCAUAAGAUUCACUGCCCUAGAGCUAUGUAGUUUCACUGCUAAUUACACAACGGUGUUGGGUUCGGGAGGCUUUGGAGUAGUUUACAAAGGACAACUCCAGAAUGGAGUCAAGAUUGCCGUAAAGGUCCUCAAAAGGAGCUUACAAGAUAGAAGAGCUGAGGAGCAGUUCAUGGCGGAGGUGAGCACUAUUGGAAGGACCUUCCAUAUAAACCUAGUGAGGCUAUACGGUUUUUCUUACGAUCGCUUCAUGAGAGCGUUAGUGUACGAGUACAUGGAAAAUGGAUCGCUGGAUAAAUACUUGUUUAGUGAUGAUACACAAGGAAUUGACUGGAAUAAGCUGCCUGAAAUUGCGAUUGGGACUGCAAAAGGUAUAGCUUACCUUCAUGAAGAGUGUCAGCAGAAAAUCAUUCACUAUGACAUAAAGCCCGGUAACGUGCUACUGGAUGUGAAUUUUAACCCUAAGGUUGCGGAUUUCGGCCUUGCAAAGCUUUGCAAUAAAGACAACACCCAUGACUCUCCCACAGGAUAUAAAGGGACCCCUGGUUAUUCAGCACCCGAGUUUCUUAUGAAUAACUACCCUAUCACUAACAAAUGCGAUGUUUAUAGCUUCGGCAUGCUUUUGUUUGAGAUAGUAGGGAGGAGGAGGAAUGCUAAAUUAGGGUCCAGUGAUAGCUUGGAUUGGUUCCCAAAACAUGUUUGGGAUGAGUAUGAGAAAGGUGAUUUGGCAACAAUGACAUUUUUGUACGGGAUAGAAGAGAAACAUAGAGAGAGAGCUCAAAAAAUGGCUAUGGUGGCAUUGUGGUGUGUUCAGGACUCACCGAAGGCGAGGCCGCCAAUGAGUGAUGUGAUAAAAAUGUUGGAUGGACGAGUGGAGAUCUUGCCACCUCCAAAACCAUUCACUUAUAUGUUUCCUGUAGAGGUUAAUCUGCUCAAUCCAGCUACUUAUACCGAUAACAGUUCAAACUAUUCAACCAGCUAUGCAACUAAUUCAUCCAGCUAUGGAACUAAUUCAUCUCGGUACAAGGAGCAUACGACAGCAGUCAUGGCUAAACACGAGAUACAAAUUGUCAGUUCAUCCUAAGAAAUGGGGUAACCAUUGUAGUAAUUUGUACACUAAAGAAAAGCCGCAAUCAUUUCUUCGUUUACUUGUGAAUUGUAAUGUCUUUGCACAUAUUUAAGACUUGGGCGAUGUAGUUAAU